AUGAAGAAUCUGAAUAAUGUAAGGGUCGUGGCUGGAACCACAGACAAGACAGUAACAGUGAUCUUAUCGAGACCAGCCUCUGAACAUUGGAGACGAAUCAAGGGCUUCUUUAAACAUCAGCAUUACAACCAUACGUACCUUAAAAACGACAUAGCUAUACUAGAGGUCACGAAAGAUUUUAUAUUUACUGAUACAGUUCAACCCAUCCGCUUAUAUUCAGCUAGGGAUGGGAAAAUAUCUUCGAAAGACCUGUGUCAAGUAUCGGGAUUUGGAUUGAAAGAAAAUGAUACAUCAUCACGAAAAUUGGAAAUGGUUUGUGUUCCAAUCCUAUCUCAGAUGUUUUGUGAACUAUACUACAGCGUACGAUAUUUGCAUACUUCUGUUAUCUGCGCAGGAGCAGAGGGAAAGGACUCUUGUCAGGCACUAGACGGUGGGCGUGGCUUCCAAUGGGCGGAGCAGAGGCGGUCCCUCGGAGACCUCCCAGGGCACUCGAGUGUCCCGAGUUCGGACUUUGUUUAA